UGCCCGCCGGGCUCCUCCGGGGGCGGCGGCGGCUGCUUCUGCCUGGGCGGCCUCGGCGGCGGUGCGGGAGGCAUGAAGGGGAAGGAGGAGAAGGAGAAGGAGAAGAAGGAGGGCGGCGGAGGCGGAGGCGCAGGGCUGCCCGGCGGAGGGGAGGCGGGCGGCGGCGGCGGCAGCCCGGAGAAGACCCGCAGCGCCCAGGAGUACAAGGAGCAGGGCAACCGGCUCUUCGUCGGCCGCAAGUACCCCGAGGCCGCCGCCUGCUACGGACGGGCCAUCAACCGCAAUCCUCUGGUCGCCGUCUACUACACCAACCGCGCCUUAUGUUACCUAAAAAUGCAACAACACGACAAAGCUUUGGCCGACUGCAAGCACGCCCUGGAAUUGGACGGCCAGUCAGUCAAGGCCCAUUUUUUCCUGGGACAAUGUCAGCUGGAGAUGGAGAAUUACGACGAGGCCAUUGCUAACCUUCAAAGAGCCCACAAUUUAGCCAAAGAGCAGCGGCUGAACUUUGGGGACGACAUUCCGAGCGCCCUGCGCAUCGCCAAGAAAAAACGUUGGAAUAACAUUGAGGAGAAGCGGAUCAACCAGGAGAACGAGUUGCAUGCUUAUCUCACCAAGCUCAUCAUGGCGGAGAAGGAGAGGGAACUUGACGAAUGCCAACGGGCACAGGAGCAGGAGAACAUGGAUGAAAACCGAAGCCGAGCACAGUUGGCCAACAUCAAAGCCAAACACGAAAAAUAUCUAGCAGACAUGGAUGAACUCUUCUCCCAGGUGGACGAGAAGAGAAAGAAACGGGACAUCCCUGAUUACCUGUGUGGGAAGAUCAGUUUUGAACUGAUGCGGGAGCCUUGCAUUACGCCGAGUGGCAUCACCUACGACCGGAAGGACAUCGAAGAGCACCUGCAGGUAAAGGAGGCGGGUUGGCUGCCCUAGAAGGGGAACAGGACUCCCAAGUCAUGAAAUCAUGUCAGGAUGAGCCACAAGGCCGUGAGAAUCCCAAAUCUGGAGCUGGCCACGGGGCCAAAUCCUGGUUCAGAAUAAAUACGAAUCUCUAACCACCG